GUGCCCUUUAAAAGUCACCGAUUGCACUGGAAGGCCUCACAAGCGUGCGCCAGAUUCUACUUAAGUUGUGCGCAACCACAAGUAGGGCUCACACUUUGCUGCGGAACUUUCCAUCUGACCAUUUGCUGAGAUCUCCACGCCGCGUUUCAGGUGCCCCGACUUUCUAAUCUCGGUCCCUGAAAGGGUAUUGAACCUUCCUUCCUCUGACUCAGGGCACCUGAACGCCGUCGCGUGGCUCCAGUUCACAAAUAAAGUCUCAAGGGCGUGAGUCGCGGCUGUUACGCGCUAACGCGAAGAAGAGCAGGUGGAAGGAAUGAGGGAGGGGUUGACGGAUUUGGCGACCGAAGAGGGGAACCGACGUCCUGAGUCACGCCCUCGCACCAGCUCGUUUUAUUUCGUUGUUGCCGAGAACGUUUUGGCAACGGAGGUGGGAAAGCAAAUCGAUGAGUCGCCGCUGUCGCUUGAACUUAUUUUGGCGGGGCGGAGAACAUUUGGCGACAGAAGAGGGGAACCAAAUCGGCGAGACGCUGCUGCUGCUGUUGUGUGGACUAUUUAUCGUUUGGGUGAGCAUUUGGGAGUGGAAUUGGGACAGCGGAAAUGCAUUACUGCGGUCACGUGGCCCACCGGGUCACGAUCGUAUACAUCCAUCCGUUUUCUUAGCCGCUUAUCCUCGCAGGGGUCACGAGGAGUGCUGGAGUCCCUGCUGUCAACGGGCAGGAGGCGGGGCACACCCUGAACGGGUCGCCGGCCAAUCGCCACCAAUUGAAGUGAAGGCGAAUCGGGAAGCAAUGCGGCGUCAGAGGCGGAGGGGGAACACUUGAAUCUGCCUGGGACUGGCGGCGAGGCGCUACUUUUCACAGCCGCUCUCCAUCCGCUUGCCGAGCGGACCCUUUGCCCCCCACCCUCCUCCUCCUCUUCUUCCUUCUCUCCCGCCUCCGCCUCCUCCUCGUCAUCAUCACGAACCAAGAAGUUGUGCUGAUUUACGGGGAAGAUCCGAUCGACUUCUUUCAAGCGCAAAAAACAAACAACAACAAAAAGUCAGAAAAAGGAUGCUGGGCUUCCUCGGAUGCCUUGCGUGUCUUUUGGCGGCUUCCGUUGUCAACGCAGACGGUCGAGUGUUCGUGGCGGAGUUUGGGAACUCGUCGUCCGGUUCUGGGUCGGGAGACGCCGAGCGGGCUUGCGCCUCCCGGCGGGCUCGCCUGGCGUCGGCCUCGGAGCUCAGGCACGCCGUGGUGGAGUGCUUCUUCUCCGCGUGCACCCGCGGAUGGCUGCACGGCGGCACCCUCGGGACGACCGUGUGCAACUACGUGGGCGGCUCGCUGAAAGUUGUGGACGUGAGGACGGAAAACGCCACGGGCGACGCCGCGAGCGCAAACGGAUUCUGCAUCAAAGACAAAGGCGUGCCAUGCGGCGACCCCCCGUCCUUCCCCAACACCCGCCUUCGGGGCCGCGGUGGCUUCGAAGUGGGCGACGAGCUCCUGUACGCGUGCGCGCCAGGCUACGUCAUGGCCAACGGGCACGGCGCCUUCAGCUUGCUGUGCGACAGCUGCGGCGAGUGGUACGGACUGGUUCAGAUUUGCCUCAAAGACUCAACACAGACACACGUGGACUACGAUGACCAGUUUCCGGACAGCAAAGCGGACCACCGGACCCAGGACGAAAGGCCUGUGGAGGACCACAGCCGAGCGUACGAGGAGGUGCGCAGAACCCUGCCUGACCUUGAGGAACCCAGGGACCGGGCGCUGCAAGAAAUCAGCUUCCAGAGAGAAGAGGAGGAUCCAGAUCUGGACGGUCAGCAGGAGGUGGAAGUCGAUGUCGGGGAGGCUCAAGAAAGGACGGGUGACGAGAACCGGAACGUGGACGACUUUGCCGGGCAUCCGGGUUGGAAACAAGAAGCGACGACGGCGUCCACAGACCCGCCUGUCUCCCUCCUGUCCCAGAAACAUCUCUUCUGGUUCCCCUCGCAAGCCUUCCAGGAGCAGGAGCAGCACUCGGUCUCUGUGGACCCCGUUACCCAGACCACCACUCAGCGGUCGUCCGGCAGCCAGUCAGACGAGAGAGUCAACCAACACGAGCCAGAGAAUCUCAUUCACCGCGACGACGGUCAAGUGGAAGAACAAAUUCCAGUCCAGCUCGACGUUCUGGAUGAGCGAGACCGCUACGAAGACCACCGCGAUGAUCACUACGACGUGGGCGAGCAGGAGGAGGUUCACAACGGCGGUCGCAAUGAUAGUUCCGAGGGACUGGGUGUCCACGAGGACAGCAGCGACCUGCCGGAUCUUCCGGAUGUUUCCGAGGAGCAUCCAGACCGUGACGAUCAUGUUCACGGGGAACAUUCUGACCACCGCGAUGACCACGAACACCAUCACGACAGUCACCACCACGAUGAUCACUAUGAUCUUGUUGACCAACAUAAUCGCGAGGACCACGACAGCGAAGACCAUAACCACGCUAUAGAAGACAGUAGCCAAGAUGGCGGCGACACCCCUGCCGAACACGAUAGCCGCGAAGCCGACGGUCAUCAACGAUUCAUAUUUUCUGAAACGGGGCAGAAUGCCACCCGGGAUGAAGCGGGAGUCGCAACCACCACAGACGAGACCUGGCUGGACGGACACCCGGUGGCCGUCCACCCCAACGAAGUGGAAGAACUCGUCCCGGACAGCAGCGUCCCAGCAACGCCUGAGCCGGACCCACGGGAAACCGGAGCCCCGGACAACCCUCCGUCCUCCUCGUCCUCUGAUGUCCUGGAGUACGACACCCAGCAGGCGGUCCCCACCCACUCGUGGCUCCUGGACCUCACCCAGCACCCUUUCCCGGACCCGGCGCAGGACGGCGACCGCCUCGACGGGGUGACGGGGGAACGCACCUUGCACAACUUGCCCGGUGAGACGGGCGAGAGGGGCGAGGUGGAGGGCGAGAUGGGCGGGACCCUGUGCGACGGCGAGAACUGCCCGCCGCCCGGCCCCUCGCGCCGGGGCCCCACCGUGGCAGCCAUCAUCGCGGCCGUCUGCGUGGUGGCGGCGGCCGUCAUGGCCACGGUGUGGUGCUACCGGCGGCGGCAGCAGAAGAGCUCCGUGUACGACAUCAACGGCAAGGGACAAGGCAACCAGCACAUGGAGAUGCAGCAGAAAGUUUAA